UCGCUCUGAGUCAGUCGAAGCGUUCUUUCCCUUCUCUUCCAGCCCCCUCGCUGCGCAGCAUGGCUGAAGGUAGACGCACUAUGAACAGGGACGAUGACCUACCGGUUUAUCUCGCUCGGCCGGGUACAGCCGAUCAAAUACCCAGGCAAAAGCACGGAGGAUUAUUCUGCAACGUUGAAGGAGCGUACGAGAGCAAAACCAUCGACUUUGAUGCUCUUAGUGUCGGUCAACGAGGCUCAAGAACUCCGAGAACGCAAAAUAAAGGAGGUGUAGCGAGCGAGGCUAGGAGUCCAACCAGCGACGCCAAGUGCUCAUCCCCCAACAGAGCACACGAUUCAAAACAAAUGAAGGAAAUUAAAGACACCACUGACAAGCAGGUACCUCAAAGCGGUAACGAUGUAAAGAGCGACCGGCUUCUAAUUAAGGGAGGCAGGAUUGUGAACGAUGACCAGUCUUUCUAUGCUGAUAUCUACAUGGAGGAUGGCCUCAUUAAACAAAUUGGGGAUAACCUGAUAGUCCCAGGAGGGGUAAAGACGAUUGAGGCAAAUGGGAAGAUGGUCAUCCCUGGGGGGAUUGACAUCCACACCCACUUCCAGAUGCCUUAUCGGGGCACCACCACUGUGGACGACUUCACGCAGGGCACCAAGGCAGCCCUGGCAGGGGGAACCACCAUGAUUGUCGACCACGUGAUCCCUGACCCUGGCUGCAGCCUGGUGGAGGCCUUUGAACGCUGGAGGGAGUGGGCAGAUGAUAAAGCAUGCUGCGACUACUCGCUCCAUGUAGACAUCACACACUGGAACGACAGUGUCAAGCAGGAAGUGGAGGUCCUGCUCAAGGAAAAAGGAGUCAACUCCUAUCAGGUCUACAUGGCUUACAAAGAUCUUUAUCAGAUGAGCAACAGUGAGCUCUAUGAGAUCUUCACUUUCCUCGGAGAACUUGGAGGCAUUGUGCAGGUCCACGCAGAAAAUGGAGAGAUUAUUGCUGAGGAGCAGGCCCGCAUGCUGGGCAUGGGCAUCACUGGACCAGAGGGGCACGUUCUCAGCCGACCAGAAGAGUUGGAAGCUGAAGCGGUGUUCCGGGCCGUUACCAUUGCCAGCCAGACCAACUGUCCCCUCUAUGUGACCCGUGUAAUGAGCAAAAGCGCAGCUGACAUCAUUUCACAGGCCAGAAAAAAAGGUAAUGUGGUGUUUGGUGAGCCAAUCACAGCUAGCCUGGGUACAGACGGGACUCACUACUGGAGCAAGAAUUGGGCCAAGGCUGCCUCUUAUGUGACUUCCCCACCUCUCAGUCCAGACCCCACCACUCCGGACUACCUGAACACUCUAUUGGCCAGUGGUGAUCUGAAUGUGACCGGCAGUGCCCAUUGCACAUUCAGCGUGGCUCAGAAGGCCAUUGGGAAGGAUGAUUUCACCCAGAUCCCUGAAGGAGUGAAUGGAGUAGAGGAGAGAAUGUCUCUCAUCUGGGACAAAGCUGUGGUUACCGGUAAAAUGGAUGAGAACAUGUUUGUGGCUGUGACGAGCACCAACGCAGCUAAGAUCCUGAACCUAUACCCACGCAAGGGCCGGAUAGCCAUUGGCUCUGACAGUGACCUGGUCAUCUGGGAUCCAGAUGUAGUCAGAACCAUCACAGCGAAAACACACAACUCUGCUGCGGAGUAUAAUGUGUUUGAGGGCAUGGAGCUCCGUGGUGCCCCCACGUUGGUCGUUUGCCAGGGCAAGAUCAUCCUGGAGGAUGGAAAGCUGCAAGCCACCUCUGGCUCUGGCCGCUUUAUCCCUUGCUCACCUUUCCCGGAUUUCGCAUACAAGCGUGUCAAAGCCAGGAAACAGCUGGCUGUGUUAAGGGCAGUUCCCCGGGGCAUGUACGAUGGACCGGUAUCAGAUUUCACUCCCAUGUCCAGGGGAGGUACUCCUUCUGCAUCUGCCCGAACCUCUCCCACCAAGGCUCCGAUCAGGAACCUCCAUCAGUCAGGGUUCACCUUAGCAGGUCCCGAAGAAGCCCCCAUCAGGCCAGCUGGAAGGCGUAUUGUGGUGCCCCCUGGUGGCCGCUCUAACAUUACAUCCCUCAGUUAAAAUGGAUGGAUAUGAUAAUUGCUUGGGGCAGGAAGAGGUCAUUAGUUGAUGAAAAAAAAGAGAAGAUAAGCAAAACAUGGAAUCCUCAUGCCUUACCUUUCAAAUGCAUUACCUGCUUUAAGCUUUAAAGAGCUCCGUAUUCCUUCUCUCAGGAAAGGCUAAAUUAGCAUUUUAGAAAACAGAGACUGGUUCAGGGUCACAGAAAUUUCGAGUAGUCACAGCAUGGUUUAUACUGAUGACAUUUGACAAACCAAAAUGCAAAUUAGGAUAAAUUAGGAAAAGGGGCAUUAAUACAAUUCAAACACUUAGCUUCCCUAUUUUCAAAACCAAGUUUGCCCACAAAAACAUUAGGAAUUGCUUGGAAUCUUUUUUUUCCUGGAGAGGGACUGCUGCCUUGCUCAGUGAGGUGCUCAUCUUUUUGUUUCCAACAUGUUAGACAUUAGUGGCUUCAGACAUUCAAUGCUAGUCUGCAGUUUUAUUUUGUGCUACCAUCAGCAGUGCAAGACCUCCAAUGUGAUCAAAGCUUUGUGAAUGAGGCUGGUAUGUUUGUAUGUUUGUUUGUUUGUUUUUAUUGGUCACUUGACCAGCAGCAGAUAAAUGUGUGAAUCCUUAUAGAAAGGCAUCAUAAAAUAGCAGGUUAAUCCUGAGUGUGACUUUUUCCAAUUGUUGACUAUGACCAGGCAUUGGUUUAAAAAAACCCCAUUCCUAUCUGCUUGUCAGGCUUAUUUCUUUUUCUGACUGUUCUCAGUGGAGUUACUGAAGCAAAACAGAAAGUCCAUGGGAAAUCAAGGACCAUUAAAAUUAACAAAAGUAUGUAAAUGUUAGCAACUAAGGCUUUAAAAUCUGAACAAGAGUUCUGAGAAAACAAAUGAUAAAACCAUGUUAUUGCUGAAAACCUGCAGAGAAAAGAUAAUCUUCAUUUUCUUUGGAGUUUUCCUUGAAUGUUAUUUUUGACAGUUGAUUUUAUUUCUGUUGAGGUAGCUGACUUACAUAUAACAGAGUGCUAAACUUUGCAUAGUGCAAAACAGGCAAGCAAUUCUCCCCAGUUAUUAUAUUGUAAAUUGGUUACUUUCUUAGCUGCAACAAGUAACUUCUGGGGGAUUUUCUCCGUUUUGUUUGUUGUUCGUAGUAGUAGUAACGCAUACCUACCACAGGAGGGAGUGUCAACCGGAAGGGUUUAAGGGCUCUGCAAAGAAUUAGUCACACUGGAAUAAGUCAGCGUUGUGAGUCAGUUCACUUACCUUUAGUUUAUAUUCAGUACUGAGGCUUACUGCAUUGCUCACCUGUUCAGAGUUCACAGAGUUGUCUUGUUUGUACAACUAGCUACAUUAGUGUGGAGUGUUUUAAGGAAAGAAUAGAGCAGUCCAAGUAGUUAUUGUAUUUAUGUUAGUUUGAUUGUCUUUGUUUAAAUUUUUAUGUUACUUUUCUACUGUUGAAUCAAAAAAAUAAAAUAAAGAUAAAAAAGGAGGCAGGUCUAAA